UUUUGUGGAAGGUAGACGCUAGUAGCUUUCCGUUCAUAGUAGGCUACCACCGCCCGAGCGGCCGAGUUCCCCAGCGUCUGACUGUAGGCUAAUGAUGUCCUUCCACUGAAUACGACACCGACAGUUUUGACUGCAUUGUCGCGAUUAGCUGUUCCACAUUGGGACUUCUUCUGAACUGAAUCAAAGCUGGCUUUAGCUGUCUUACCUUUCGAUUCUGUCUUUCUAUUCGCUAGACUUCCUACUCGCCUGGCCACUCAUCUUUCCCGCAGCUCCUCUGCUGCAGUCGACAAAUAAAACCGAUUAUUCGCGGAUUGCGUUUACAUCUGGACACACUCGGGAGAUUUGAGGCCUACUGUUAGCCUAUCUCUAUUGUAAAGAAGAAAACGUCUACGUGUUUUUGCGACUAUAUAAUGCCGACACAUCUGCGAUUUCGGAGAAGGUCAUUCCUUGGGCUAAUAUUCCUCUUCUCACUGUCCACCACGGCAUUGUACUUCAUCUAUUCAGCGCCUGGUAUCGUAAAUGAGUACCUGUUUAUGGUGCAGGCCACAGGGAUUCACAUCAAGGACAACGUGAAGAAUAUCGGUGUUCAGGUUCUAGAGCAGGUUGUCAGAGGUGGUUACAAUAUCAAUGGGACAGAUUAUGCCUAUGACUUCAACCUGAGUGAGAGUGAUGUGCCGCCCACCACAUACCUCCCCGACAGCUUCACCUAUUUGUCCUCACAGAUUUGCCCAGAGAGACUGCCCUCCAUGAAGGGGAGGCUGGAGGUGAAUAUGAGUGAGAUGGCUCUGGAGGAUGUGGAGAGGGUUCUGUUGAAUGCUGAGCCUAGCAUGACCCUGGGGGGCUACUGGAAGCCCAGGGACUGUGUCCCACGCUGGAAGGUGGCGAUACUGGUCCCAUUCCGAAACCGCCAUGAGCACCUGCCUAUCUUACUCAGACACCUGAUACCAGCACUACAAAGACAGAGGCUACAGUUCGCCUUCUAUGUUGUAGAGCAGGUUGGUAGUGAGCCCUUCAAUAGGGCCAUGUUGUUUAACGUGGGCUUCCGGGAGGCUAUGCGGGACCUGGACUGGGACUGUAUGGUGUUCCACGAUGUAGACCACAUGCUGGAGAACGACAGGAACUACUAUGGCUGUGGAGACAUGCCUCGCCACUUCGCUGUCAAACUCAACAAGUACUCCUACAUGCUUCCGUACAAUGAGUUCUUUGGUGGCGUCAGUGGUCUAACAGUGGAACAGUUCACCAAGAUCAAUGGCUUUCCCAAUGCAUUCUGGGGCUGGGGAGGAGAAGACGACGACCUUUGGAACAGGGUGCAGUAUGCUAACUACACGGUCAGUCGGCCGCAGGGAGAGUUGGGCCGUUACAUGUCAAUCCCACACCACCACCGUGGCGAGGUGCAGUUCCUGGGAAGGUACACUCUUCUAAGGCGCUCUAAGGAGAGACAGAGUCUGGAUGGGCUCAACAACCUGCGGUACUCCCCCCUAUUGUCCCGGAGGCCUCUCUACACCAACAUAUCAGUCAGCCUGAGCAGGAAGCUAGCCCCUAUAGCAGACUAUAACUGACCAGGAAGCAGCGGGCCACACAGCCCUCCGGGGAAACAAAGUCAUUAUGGACGUCAGCCAUAUCUCACCAGUCACAGCACUCCUUAGGACUUUUUAGUUAAUUUACUUUGAUUCGUUUUUUUUUUAAGCAAAAAAGACAUGCAGAACGGUGUUGAUUGAUCCUCGUGACAUGUAAGAAGAAAGCCGUACUCGUUUGGUGCUGUGGUCCAUCAAUCGCUUCUAUCAUCCGGGCUUCUCCACUCUUCUGUCUCCACCUGCCCUCCACACCAUUUUGGGCCUUUAGCAUUCAUUCUUUCAUUGAUUUGUUCAGUAAGUCAUUAAUUCACUCAUGGAGACGAUGGCAACUGUAACCAUAAGGGAAACAGGAACACGUUCCCUCUAUAGGGCUGUGGUGUGUAGGGGACAGUAGUGUAGUUUGUGUAUGUGGCUGAAGGAGUUAGGUUGUACACACAUCUGCUAACACAGUCCCUCGGCUUUGAUUUUAUUUUCACCUUGAAUAUUUGACCUGAAUAUUUUUCAUUGACUUCUUAAACCUGUGAAAAACAGACACACACAGAGUAGGUCCUCACAGCUGGCUCUGUGUAGGACAUGGAGGGAGAGAGAGACGCUGUGGACUAAGGUAUAACAUUAGCUUCAGACUGACUUGUGUGCAGAGUGGCUGACUGGUCACAGUAGACGCACCUUUAGCUAAAUAAACAUACUAGCCUAGCAAAUUGAAAAUCUUUGACAGUACAGUGUGAGUGAGAGAGGGAUAGCUAUGUAUGUGUGUGAGAGAGAGGGAUAGCUAUGUAUGUGUGAGAGAGAGAGGGAUAGCUAUGUAUGUGUGUGAGAGAGAGGGAUAGCUAUGUAUGUGUGAGAGAGAGGGAUAGCUAUGUAUGUGUGUGAGAGAGAGGGAUAGCUAUGUAUGUGUGAGAGAGAGAGGGAUAGCUAUGUAUGUGUGUGAGAGAGAGGGAUAGCUAUGUAUGUGUGAGAGAGAGGGAUAGCUAUGUAUGUGUGAGAGAGAGGGAUAGCUAUGUAUGUGUGAGAGAGAGGGAUAGCUAUGUAUGUAUGUGUGUGAGAGAGAGAGGGGAAGCUAUGUAUGUGUGAGAGAGAGGGGGGAUAGCUAUGUAUGUGUGUGAGAGAGAGAGAGGGAUAGCUAUGCAUGUGUGAGAGAGAGAGAGGGAUAGCUAUGUAUGUGUGAGAGAGAGAGAGAGAGGGAUAGCUAUGUAUGUGAGAGAGAGAGAGAGGGAUAGCUAUGUAUGUGAGAGAGAGAGAGGGAUAGCUAUGUAUGUGUGAGAGAGAGAGAUAGCUAUGUAUGUGUGAGAGAGAGAGGGAUAGCUAUGUAUGUGAGAGAGAGAGAGGGAUAGCUAAGUAUGUGAGAGAGAGAGGGAUAGCUAUGUAUGUGAGAGAGAGAGAGGGAUAGCUAUGUAUGUGAGAGAGAGAGAGAGAGGGGGAUAGCUAUGUAUGUGAGAGAGAGAGGGAUAGCUAUGUAUGUGUGAGAGAGAGAGGGAUAGCUAUGAAUGUGUGAGAGAGAGGGAUAGCUAUGUAUGUGUGAGAGAGAGAGGGAUAGCUAUGAAUGUGUGAGAGAGAGAGGGAUAGCUAUGUAUGUGUGAGAGAGAGAGAGAUAGCUAUGUAUGCGUGAGAGAGAGAGAUAGCUAUGUAUGUGUGAGAGAGAGAGGGGAAGCUAUGUAUGUGUGAGAGAGAGAGAUAGCUAUGUAUGUGUGAGAGAGAGAGGGAUAGCUAUGUAUGUGUGAGAGAGAGAGGGAUAGCUAUGUAUGUGUGAGAGAGAGAUAGCUAUGUAUGUGUGAGAGAGAGAGGGAUAGCUAUGUAUGUGUGAGAGAGAGGGAUAGCUAUGUAUGUGUGAGAGAGAGAGAUAGCUAUGUAUGUGUGAGAGAGAGAGGGGAAGCUAUGUAUGUGUGAGAGAGAGGGAUAGCUAUGUAUGUGUGAGAGAGAGAGAUAGCUAUGUAUGUGUGAGAGAGAGAGGGAUAGCUAUGUAUGUGUGAGAGAGAGAGAGAUAGCUAUGUAUGCGUGAGAGAGAGAGAUAGCUAUGUAUGUGUGAGAGAGAGAGAUAGCUAUGUAUGUGUGAGAGAGAGAGAUAGCUAUGUAUGUGUGAGAGAGAGAUAGCUAUGUAUGUGUGAGAGAGAGAGAGAUAGCUAUGUAUGCGUGAGAGAGAGAGAUAGCUAUGUAUGUGUGAGAGAGAGAGGGGAAGCUAUGUAUGUGUGAGAGAGAGAGAUAGCUAUGUAUGUGUGAGAGAGAGGGAUAGCUAUGUAUGUGUGAGAGAGAGAGAGAUAGCUAUGUAUGUGUGAGAGAGAGAGGGGAAGCUAUGUAUGUGUGAGAGAGAGAGAUAGCUAUGUAUGUGUGAGAGAGAGAGGGAUAGCUAUGUAUGUGUGAGAGAGAGAGGGAUAGCUAUGUAUGUGUGAGAGAGAGGGAUAGCUAUGUAUGUGUGAGAGAGAGAUAGCUAUGUAUGUGUGAGAGAGAGAGGGAUAGCUAUGUAUGUGUGAGAGAGAGGGAUAGCUAUGUAUGUGUGAGAGAGAGAGAUAGCUAUGUAUGUGUGAGAGAGAGAGGGGAAGCUAUGUAUGUGUGAGAGAGAGGGAUAGCUAUGUAUGUGUGAGAGAGAGAGAUAGCUAUGUAUGUGUGAGAGAGAGAGGGAUAGCUAUGUAUGUGUGAGAGAGAGAGAGAUAGCUAUGUAUGCGUGAGAGAGAGAGAUAGCUGUGUAUGUGUGAGAGAGAGAGGGGAAGCUAUGUAUGUGUGAGAGAGAGAGAUAGCUAUGUAUGUGUGAGAGAGAGGGAUAGCUAUGUAUGUGUGAGAGAGAGAGAGAUAGCUAUGUAUGUGUGAGAGAGAGAGGGGAAGCUAUGUAUGUGUGAGAGAGAGAGGGAUAGCUAUGUAUGUGUGAGAGAGAGGGAUAGCUAUGUAUGUGAGAGAGAGAGAGAUAGCUAUGUAUGUGUGAGAGAGAGAGGGAUAGCUAUGUAUGUGUGAGAGAGAGAGGGAUAGCUAUGUAUGUGUGAGAGAGAGAGAUAGCUAUGUAUGUGUGAGAGAGAGGGAUAGCUAUGUAUGUGUGAGAGAGAGAGAUAGCUAUGAAUGUGUGAGAGAGAGAGGGAUAGCUAUGUAUGUGUGAGAGAGAGAGAUAGCUAUGUAUGUGUGAGAGAGAGAGAGGGAUAGCUAUGUAUGUGUGAGAGAGAGAGGGAUAGCUAUGAAUGUGUGAGAGAGAGAGAUAGCUAUGUAUGUGUGAGAGAGAGAGGGAUAGCUAUGUAUGUGUGAGAGAGAGAGAUAGCUAUGUAUGUGUGAGAGAGAGAGGGAUAGCUAUGAAUGUGUGAGAGAGAGAGAUAGCUAUGAAUGUGUGAGAGAGAGAUAGCUAUGUAUGUGAGAGAGAGAGGGAUAGCUAUGUAUGUGAGAGAGAGGGAUAGCUAUGUAUGUGUGAGAGAGAGGGAUAGCUAUGUAUGUGUGAGAGAGAGGGAGAUAGCUAUGUAUGUGUGAGAGAGAGGGAUAGCUAUGUAUGUGUGAGAGAGAGGGAUAGCUAUGUAUGUGUGAGAGAGAGGGAGAUAGCUAUGUAUGUGUGAGAGAGAGGGAUAGCUAUGUAUGUGUGAGAGAGAGGGAUAGCUAUGUAUGUGUGAGA